AUAUUAUCUUAAAUCGUACGAGGUUUAUGAUGAGUGAUAACAAAAUAAAAAAUUAUCCGAUAUUCUGUGGUAUUGCUCUAUGGAUUCGAUACGAGUAGGUAUUUACUACUGUAGUAGUCCGUGGUAUUUACUAUUUAUAUAUUUUCUUUCGAUCCAAUUAAAGUAUCGUAUUUAUAGUCGAUACCGAAAGUACUCACAAGAAAAUAUCGAUACUGUACUCAUACCGAUAGUAACGCGACAUCAGCCUGCUCUAGGCCGGGUCUGCCGUCUGCCGUCUGCGUCUUGCGCGCCAGGCGGUAACCGGGUAACAUAUUGGGGAUGUGUGCGGUGUGCCUAGAUGCCCUAGACAUAGCGCUGCGCGCCCGCGCUUUACGUUGAAUGUUGAUACUUUCAACUUUGAUAGUCAUUACUCAUUAGUCGGUUGUUGAUUAAUACCAGAGUCUAGAAUUAGAUAUUUAUGUCCACAUUCUAUAUUUCUAGUUUUGAAAUUGAAAAUAUUAUACAUUACGCUUCACCAAAACACAAUUUGAGAACGGCACCCGUUCGUAAAUCGAAUACGUCUGUGGUCUGUCGUGUAAUUUGUAUAUCAUUCAUGAAAACUUUGCGGAUAGCGUACCAAAGGUAGUAUCUUAUUGAUUUUUCGUCACCUCGCGAGGUGGUCGUUGAAACAGCAAAAUAAACAAACUGCACAYACAUGAUAAGAGUUGUAAAUUUGAAUAAUUUUCUAACGCUAAUAAUUUAAUUUAAUUUGGUUGCACCUCUUAGGUACUCUUGUAGAUUUUCGUAUAACAGUAUAAUAUUGUAAUAUUGCACACGCUAACAAACACAGUCAAAAUGAAGAAAAUGUUGAAAUUGGUGAAAGGGGGGAAAAAGGAGGAUAAAAGUGGCUCUGGCACACCUUCAGGUGAUGAACUAGAAGACGACCCGGACAGUACAAUAUAUUGCUAUAAAAUUGACUCUGAAGCUGAGGAUAAAUUGAGCCGAUUACACAGGGCUUCAUGGCAUGGCAGCCUAGAAAAAGUCAAGACAUUGUUGCAAAAAAAACCAAUGGACGUGAACACAGUGGACAGCUUUGACAGAACACCAUUGCACUUGGCAAUGGCCAAAGGUUACUAUAACAUUGCUUGGGUGCUGUUGAAUCACAAUGCUAGCUUAGAUUAUGUUGAUUGCGAUGGGUACACACCGUUCUUGAAGGCAGGUGAAUCCGUUUUACAUGUCGCAUGUGUUGCUGAAAAUCGUGAUCUAAUAGAGUUUAUAUUAGAUAAUGGAGCACUAAUAAACAUAGCAGACAAACAAGGACGUACACCAUUAAUGUUAGUAGCAAAACUUGGAAAUAUGUCUAUUGUUGACCUGUUAUUGGAUCGAGGAAGUCAACUGGAUGCUUGUGAUAUAAAUGGGUUAUCUGUAAAAGAUUAUGCGGCUAAGGAAGGUCAUUCUAAAGUAGUGAAUCAACUAUCUAUGCAAAAAAUGAGUGUAAUGGCCCGAACUAGAUCUAAAGAAAAUGUUUUGGAUAAUUUGGAUAAUUUGGACCAAAAUGAUACUGCUCAAUUACAAGAAAAUAAUGAUGAUUCAAAUAAUCAGAAAAUUGUUGAUGCUCAAAUUAUAGUACUUAAAAAAGAAGACAAAAUAACAAAAUCAAAUAUCAAAGAUAAUCAAAAUGAAAAAGAAUAUGUGGCUUUUAAUUCUMCAGUUGAAAAUGAUAACAACUUAAAAAUUAAAAAUAUGGAUAUUCAAGAGGUAGAAAAUAAAAAUGAAAAUUUGACUUUAAAAUGUGAAAUAAUUCAUCUUGGUGAGUUAAAAACAAACAAAUUAAAUAAUGAAAAUAAUAAGAGUGUAAAAGAAAUUGUAAGUUUGAACUCUCUAGAUAAUGAAAAUGAAAUAAAUAAUAGCUCUAUAGAAACAGACAAAGAAGUAAUUGAGAAAAAUAAAUUAAUUGUUGAAACCAAAAAUACAUCUAUAGUGAAUGUUAUACCCAACAAAGAUGAAGAAUCAGUAUCUCAAUGCACAAUGCCUCCACCAUUAGAUCCACCUAGAAGUUGGGAUUUUAUACAAACAAGCAUAAUACACACUACUGAUAUCAAUGAAAAAGCUGUAAAAGAAAUCCAAGAAAAUAUUGAACAAAUCCCUGAUCCAAUAGUAUGUGCAGUAAACACAGAUGAUUCAGAAUUGGAAUGGGGAAGUGAUGAAAGCCUUCCAACUGAUCCAAAUCAAUCCUGUCCAGCUGUAAAUGAUAAGAAAGAAGAAGAAAAUAAAAAAAUGAAUACAUUUUAUAAUUUUAUAACUACUAAGUUAAUGAACAAGACAAAAAAUAGAGUUUCUGCAUCUGCAGACAAUAUCAUUGAUGAUACUACUACUAAAAAACAUGUAAGGAAUAAGUCUUUCACUUCACUGAGUACUUUUAAACUCACUGUUCCAUCAGAUGUAAACAAGGCAUUAUAUCAGCUUAGUCCAGAAAUGAACUUUGCACAUUCUUCAUUUAGUAAAAGCAAAUCUUUUAAUGAACAAAUACCCAUUGAAAAUGUUGAAAAAAAUUCUUUAGAAUUUGAACGUUCUAAGUCAUUGUGUUUGGAAUUAAAACAUAACUAUGAUAUAACCGAGAAUCAGCAGAGAGAUUCAGAUAGUCAAAGUGAUGAUAGUUUACGUUCAAAAAGAAGCCUUUUAUUAUCCAUGCGAAUGCCUAAAGUUCAUGAUGAACAUCAUGAUGAUAGUCAUUUAGAUAUCAAAGACAGUGAAACAUCUGAAGACGAGGGUCCACAUUAUUGGUACAGUCCAAAUAAAAAAAAUGAUAAAAUAGUGCAACAAGAUACUGUUAUUCGGAACUUAAGUGAAUCUGAUAGCGAAUCUGAAGAAAUUGGUUUACCAAAAUCUAAGUCAACUCCUGAAGGAAUGUCUAAAGAACAUUAUACAUCAGAUAAUUCCGAUACAGAAAAUACAAUAUCAUUUUCAACUAGUCAUGAGGAUAUUUAUGGAACACAUAAACGCACUAGAUAUGCUUUAAAAAGAACUGAAUCUCUUAAAGCAUACCUAAAGAGAGUAACUAUUGAUAAAGACAGAUUACAACAAGAAUCAUCUGGUUAUAAAGAAAUAACAGAGCUGUUAAAAUACAAGUUGGAAAACCUCAAACAAGAUAUUUCCAGUAAAAAUGAAAUAACUAAGAGACUUGAGGAACAAUUAGAUGAAUUAGAUGCUAAAUACACAGAAACUUUAAACAGGAUUCAAACGCUUGAACUGGCUUCAUCAAAUUUAGACAAAGAAAAUCAAUAUCUCAAGAAAAUAAAUAAAGAGAUUAUGGAUAAAAUUAACAAUGAACGUAAUUCUAACAGUGCAAAAAACUCAAUAGAAAUAUUAACUCAACUUGAUUCUGGYAAUUGUAUUGAUCAAACUGAUGAUAUGUGUAUAAUGGAUAGCAAAUCCAUUAUAAAACAGCUACAAGAACARUUAAAACUAGAACAGGAUAGACGAAUAGAACUUGAUGAACGUGUUAGACUUUUAUCCUUAGAAGUUAAUGCACAUCAGUCAUGUGCUUCAAGUGUGGAAUUACUGAAAGAAUUACAAUUAAAAAUUACCAAAGAUUAUGUACCCAAAAAAGAAGUAUUGAAACUUAAAACAGAACAAGAAAGAAAAAUCAGUAAAGUGAAAAUUGAAGCGGAAAAAAAAUUAGCGGACAAAUUUUAUGACCUUGAUAAAUUAUUAUCUCAACAAAUGGAUCAACAAGGAAAACUAGAAAUACAAAGAGAAAAGAUUGAAAGCCAACUUAAGCAGGAGUUUGAAAAUACAAGACAAAGAUUUCAACUAGAAAUUGCAAAACUUCAAACAACGCUAAAGACCAAAGAAAUGGAGGAACAAAUAUUAAGGGAACGAUGUGAAAUUCUUUCACAAGAAAUUGAAAAAACACAAGAUAAUAAAUGGAAAACAUUGGUGGAUAAAACAUAUGGAAUAAAUGAUUUACAAAAAAGUUCACCUGAUAUGUUAUCAAUGCAUUGCAAAACUCCAGAGCCUAGUCCCACUUUUGAAAGACAAGAAUUAAGAGGCAUUUCUAGAUAUCAAUAUAAUGUUCAAACACUUAGAAAUGAACUGGAUAAAGUCAUUACACAAAACAAAAAUGCUGCUCUAGAAGAUGACACACUGUUUGAUGAAUAAAAAUAAGCAAUAUAGCUAUACUAUACAAGCUAUGCUGUCGCUAUUGAAAUUGCAUUUAUCGUAUUUAUAUUACAUUAAGCGGCCUAUAUCAUUUUUUCAUGUUGACAACCUUAGCCAUGAAUAAUAUUUUCUUUAAAACAUAUUCAGAAAAUAUGAUAUGUAUAUGUAUAUGAUAUAUAACCACUCUCGUUUAAGUGGUGAUUUCCAUACACAUACACAUAGUUUGAUAUCACUCAAAAAUUAAUUUAUUAUAUAUAUUUUUUUUUAUUAAUGAUAAACAUAGUGUUAAAUAUGAAAACUGAAUAAUACAAUUCAACUUGGAAGUUUGGAACAUUUUA